AUGUCCCGUCACAUCUACAGCCGCCACGGCCACGAGGGUCUCCAGAAACCCGUCUUCCAGGCUAACAGAGGGACCUACUCCAGACGCAGUCGGCUGAAGAGGUCGGACGGUAGCACUACCUCCACUAGCUUCAUCCUCCGACAGGGCUCAGCUGAUUCCUACACAAGCCGACCGUCAGACUCGGAUGUGUCCCUGGAGGAGGAGAAGGAGGGUGGCCGGCAGGAGAGGGAGCAGCAGGCCACCGUCCAGCUGGAGAGGGCAAAGACUAAAGCAGUGGCCUUUGCAGUGAAGACCAACGUCAGCUACUGUGGCGCCCUGGACGAGGAUGUCCCUGUGGCAGGCACUGCCAUCUCUUUUGAUGCCAAGGACUUCCUCCACAUAAAAGAGAAGUACAACAAUGACUGGUGGAUUGGCCGCCUGGUGAAGGAGGGCUGUGACAUCGGAUUUAUCCCCAGCCCGCUGAAGUUGGAGAAUAUUCGUCUCCAGCAGGAACAGAAGAGAGGGCGCAUCCAUGGCAGUAAGUCCAGUGGGAAUUCCUCCUCCAGUCUGGGAGAAAUGGUCUCAGGCACCUUCAAACCAAACCCCAAUUCUGCAGGAAAGCAGAAACAAAAGGUGGCUGAACACAUCCCCCCGUAUGAUGUUGUGCCCUCCAUGAGGCCGGUGGUCCUUGUGGGACCGUCUCUGAAAGGUUAUGAGGUGACAGAUAUGAUGCAGAAGGCUCUGUUCGACUUCCUGAAGCACAGGUUUGAUGGGAGGAUAUCAAUAACAAGGGUAACAGCAGAUAUAUCACUGGCCAAGAGGUCAGUGCUAAACAACCCCAGUAAGAGGACCAUCAUUGAGAGAUCCAACACCCGCUCAAGCCUCGCGGAGGUCCAGAGUGAGAUAGAGAGGAUCUUUGAGCUGGCCAGGUCUCUACAGCUGGUGGUACUCGAUGCCGACACUAUCAACCACCCAGCACAGCUCAUCAAGACCUCAUUAGCACCCAUUAUCGUCCAUGUUAAAGUUUCUUCACCUAAGGUCCUCCAGCGGCUGAUUAAAUCGAGAGGGAAGUCCCAAAGCAAACACUUGAAUGUACAGCUGGUGGCUGCAGACAAGUUGGCACAGUGUCCUCCAGAGAUGUUUGAUAUCAUCCUGGAUGAGAACCAACUGGAGGAUGCAUGUGAACACCUGGCGGAGUAUCUGGAGGCGUACUGGCGUGCCACACACACCUCCCUCAGCACGCCGCUCAACCCUCUGCUGGGACGUAACCUGGGCUCCACUGCGCUCUCCCCAUAUCCGGCUGCCAUACAGGCCCAAAGAAACAGAAACAGCAACCACACGACAGAUGACCACUCCCCUGUCGAACGUCGCAGCCUGAUGCCAGCUGAUGAGAACUACCACAAUGAGCGUAUGCGGAAGAACCGCAACCGCUUGUCUUCGGGCUCGCAGCACAGCCGGGACCACUACCCUCUCAUGGAGGAGGACUACCAAGAUCCCUACCAGGAUUCUUACAAGCCUCACCGUAGCCGAGGCUCCCCGGGAGGCCACAGCCAGGACUCGAGGCACAGGGUUUAAAGCUGCGCUCCACUGAAACC